UUUAGAUGCCGGACCAACGAAAGGCCGAAAAUUGAUAUUUUAUUUCUAAGUAAACUCCGAGUUGUCAAAGUUUGCAUUAUAUGACACACUUUUAUAGGGUAGAGGAUCUCCAUAAAUCUUUGUAACGUGCAAGCACGUUGUAGUGUACGCGCUGACAUCAUCACGUCUGACUGAAUGAAGCGUCAUCUUUCUGAUGUAGAGCGGAGCGGCGGUCUUUCAUAUCUGCUCUACAUUUCUUUCAAUCUCACCGUUACAACCUCAGUAUUUCAGGUCACAACUCAAUUCGCCAUGAAACGAAAGUUGCUGUUUCCUGCCGCUUGCCUGCUGCUUUUGGUCUUUUCAAGCUCGGGGGUUUCAGCGGACGGUUUGGUGAACGAGGAUGUAAAGAGGACAGUGGACCUGAGCACUCAUCUGGCCAAGAUCACUGCGGAGAUUGUGUUGUCCAACCAGGGCAACUCCGCCGUCCAAAGCUUUAUCUUAGCAGUAGAGGCUGACCUGGUACCGCACCUGGCGUAUAUCGGAGCUUCGGUGAAGGGUGAUGAAGAGGAUGAUGGCACACUAGAACUCCAGCAAACAACAAUUCAGGGCAAAAGUGGAGAGUUUUACAAAGUGCAGCUGCCGUCCAGUUUGGCUGCUGGUGGUCAACUGAAAGCCAAGGUGGAGAUGACAUUCAGCCAUGUCCUGAGGCCUUUCCCCUCACAAAUCACGCAGGCCGAGCGCCAGCUGGUGAUCUUCCAGGGGAACCACUACUUCUACUCUCCCUAUCCGACCCGGAGCCAGACCACACGUGUCCGCUUGGCCUCCAAAACUGUAGAGAGCUACAGCAAGCUGGGCAAUCCCAGCAAGACCGAUGAGAUUAUCGAGUAUGGACCCUUCCGAGAUGUCGCUCCAUUUAGCGAGGAUGCAAUGAAAAUCCAUUAUGAAAACAACACGCCCUUCCUCACCAUCACCAGCAUCACCCGCAUCAUCGAGGUGUCUCACUGGGGAAACAUUGCUGUGGAGGAGACCAUCGACCUGAGGCAUACAGGAGCCAUGCUGAAGGGCCCCUUUUCACGUUACGAUUACCAGCGUCAGUCUGACAGUGGCAUCUCAUCCGUCAAGUCUUUCAAGACAAUUCUUCCCGCCUCAGCUCAAGAUGUCUAUUACAGGGAUGAGAUUGGGAACAUCUCCACCUCCCAUCUCCAGGUUCUGGAUGACUCCGUGGAGGUGGAGGUGAGGCCUCGGUUCCCUUUGUUCGGAGGCUGGAAGACCCACUACAUCAUCGGCUACAAUCUGCCAAGCUACGAGUACCUCUACACCCUGGGUGACCAGUAUGCACUGAAAAUGAGGCUAGUGGAUCACGUGUAUGAUGACCAGGUCAUUGACUAUAUGACUGUGAAAAUGAUUCUGCCAGAGGGCGCCAGAAACAUCCACGUGGACACACCUUACAAAAUUGACCGCAUGCCAAACCAACUCCACUACACAUAUCUGGACACCUUUGGCCGACCAGUGUUGGUGGCCACAAAGGGCAACCUGGUGGAGCAGCACAUUCAGGAUUUUGUGGUUCAUUACAACUUUAAUAAGAUUCUGAUGCUACAGGAGCCACUCCUGGUAGUCGGAGCUUUCUACAUACUUUUCUUCACUGUAAUAAUCUACGUCCGUCUAGACUUUGCCAUCACAAAGGAUCCAGCUGCCGAGGUGCGCAUGAAGGUGGCCUCCAUCACCGAGCAGGUGCUGACUCUGGUCAACAAGCGCCUGGGCCUGUACCGGCACAUGGACGAGGUGGUCAACCGCUACAAGCAGUCCCGGGACACGGGGGCGCUCAACAGCGGGCGGAAAACUCUGGAGGCCGACCACCGAGCUCUGACCAACGAGAUCAGCUCGCUCCAGGCCCGCCUCAAGGCAGAGGGCUCUGAUUUGGCAGAAAAGGUGGGAGAGGUGCAGAAGGUGGACGGCCAGGUGAAGGAGCUGGUGUGCCGCUCCAGCCAGGAGGCGGAGCGGCUGGUGGCGGGGAAGGUCAAGAAGGAGGCUUACAUUGAGAGCGAGAAGAACCUGACCAGCAAGAGGCAGGAGCUGGUCGGCCGCAUUGACAGCCUGCUGGAUGCCCUCUAAACUAUGCCAGCACUCUCUCACACACACACGCACACACAUUAACACCUCUGCUGACAACAAGAACCAACCGUUUGUAUAAAGAAAAAAGAAAAAAGCAUUGAAAUGUCAUCAUUUUUGACCAUCUUCAUAUCCACAAAUGGACAAUUAACAUCUCAUCUUAUGCUAGUGAUGGGUUUAUCUGAAUAUGUGCCUUUGUGCCUGGUGAUAAACUUGUGAUCACUGCGUGCUCAGCUCCAGAGCAGCUUCAUCCCAAUCUUUGGCAUUUCUUUUGUUUCUGGUCCUCGGCAGAGUUUCCCCCAAAGGUUCACGCUAGGCUCAGACUUGAUGUGUUCAUGAUCAAACCCGUACUUUUUUUUUUUCUUUUUCUGUCACCAAAAAGUUUGGGUAAGGGACUGUUUUUGAAAAGAACAGUGAAGGGCCACAAGGAUUUUCAGUUUCACGUCUUUGCUCACGUUUAUACUGUAUUAAAAGCUGAUUCAUUUCCUGGAUGUAAGUGAAGAUGAUCAUUUCUUCCAACCUUCUCUCUUCUGUAGAUUUUUUUUCUAUUUGCCCUGGACUGACAUUCAUAUUUGAAUCUCUUAUUCUGUGUGAUCGCCAGCCCUUGUUUUUUGACGUUCCUGUCAUAUUUUAUACAUUUUGUAUGAUUGUUUUUUUUUUUUUUUUUUUUUUUUUUUUGGUCAGUGGCGUUUGUUUUUGACUGUGAGAUUAAAAACUGAAAGAGAUUAGACGGUAUGUGCGAAAAAGGACAUGGGA